AUGUCCCGCUUUUUGACGCCCCUCUGCUCGUCCUCAUCUGCAAUCAUGUCCUCAGUGCUGCAGAAGCUGAUCACCCCUCUGGCCAGCAGCCCUGCUGAGCCUCCCAGGAACAAGGUGACGGUGGUCGGGGUGGGCCAGGUGGGCAUGGCCUGCGCCAUCAGUGUCCUGCUGCGGGACCUGUGUGAUGAGCUGGCUCUGGUGGAUGUGAUGGAGGAUCGUCUCAAGGGAGAGAUGAUGGACCUGCAGCAUGGCAGCCUCUUCCUCAAGACCUCCAAGAUAGUGGCUGACAAAGACUACGCAGUGACGGCCAACUCUCGCCUGGUCGUGGUGACAGCCGGCGUUCGCCAGCAGGAGGGUGAGAGCCGCCUUAACCUGGUGCAGAGGAACGUCAACGUCUUCAAGGCCAUCAUCCCCCAGAUCAUCAAGUACAGCCCCAACUGCACUCUCAUCGUGGUCUCCAACCCCGUUGACGUGUUGACCUAUGUGACCUGGAAGCUGAGCGGUCUGCCCAAGCACCGCGUCAUCGGCAGCGGCACCAACUUGGACUCGGCUCGCUUCCGCUACCUGAUGGCUGAACGCUUGGGCAUCCACGCCAGCUCCUUUAACGGCUGGGUGCUGGGAGAGCAUGGAGACACCAGCGUGCCGGUGUGGAGCGGAGCUAACGUGGCAGGAGUCAACCUGCAGAGCCUGAACCCUGAUAUUGGCACUGAGGGGGAUAAGGAGCAGUGGACGGCCACGCACAAGGCUGUAGUGGACAGUGCCUACGAGGUGAUCAAGCUGAAGGGCUACACUAACUGGGCCAUCGGUCUGAGCGUGGCAGACCUGACGGAGAGCAUCGUCAAGAACAUGAGCCGGGUCCAUCCGGUCUCCACCAUGGUCAAGGACAUGUACGGUAUCGAUGAGGAGGUCUUCCUGUCUCUUCCCUGCGUGCUGAACAGCACCGGCGUGAGCAGCGUGGUCAACAUGACCCUGACGGACGCCGAGGUGGACCAGCUGAGGAAGAGCGCCGACACGCUGUGGGGCAUCCAGAAGGACCUCAAGGACAUCUGAACACACCCGCAGCCCGUCAACCCGCACACACUCCUUUUAUAA